AUGGAGGAAAGUGGCUUCAUUGAACCACUUAGCGACGAGGAUUUACUUACCGACGAGGAUCUGGCGGAACAGGGUGAUGCCACUUCUGACUACGAACCGAGCGAGGCUGAAAGCACCUUUGGCUCUCUGACCGAGAGCGUCACCGAGCAUGUGUGGGAGUAUGGAAGACGCUACCAUUCGUUUCGAUACGGGAGGUAUCCCAUACCGAAUGACGAGGAAGAAUACAAGAGAGAGGCGUUACGGCAUACAAUGCUGAAGGAGCUCCUAAACGGCAAGCUGUUCCUUGCCCCGAUUGGUGACAACCCCCAGAAGAUUAUCGAUUUAGGCACAGGAUUCGGGGAUUGGGCCAUAGAAGUUGGCGAACGCUUUCCCGGUGCCAAAGUCACGGGUGUGGAUUUAUCGCCCAUCCAACCUGUAUGGGUCCCACCAAAUGUCGAGUUCAUGAUAGACGACAUUGAAGACGAGUGGGUGCAAGCGAACGACUACGAUCUUGCACACCUGUGCUUCGUCAACACCGUCAUUAAAGACAAUGAAAGCUUGUUCAGCAAAAUCUUACAAAACCUCAAGCCAGGUGGCUGGGUGGAGGUUCAAGACAUCGUUCCGAGGGCAACAUCAGAUGAUGGAACGGUCCCAUCCGAUUACCCCCUGAACAAGUUUUAUUCCAUGUUGGGGGGCGUGCUAAACGACAAAUAUGGAUUUGACCUCUGGGCCGUCGAACAGAUCCCCGGCCUCUUACAACGCCUUGGGUACGUUAACGUGCAGAAGAAGGUGUACCAUAUGCCGUUGGGCGAAUGGGCCAAGGACAAGCACUUGAGGCUUCUUGGCGGAUGCUUUCGUGAGGUAGUCAUGGACUUCGUUGGCGCCAUGGCUGCGCGACCGCUCGUCGAGGGCGGCUACGACAGGGAGGAGAUUGAUGAGCUGGUGAGCAGCAUCACAGCCGCAGUGAUGAACAGGCGGAUCCAUGCCUACAUGCCGAUACACUUUGUUUGGGGUCAGCGGCCGCCCGCAUCAGCAUGA